AGUAAAUUUUUUUUGUACUACUCUAACUUCCUCGAGAGAAAAUUGAUUCUUUGUUCUAGUGAAUACUUCACUCUAGAAGUUUUGCUGUUACUUAUUCGAAAGAUGAGGAAACGACUCUGACCCAGAUCCACGACGAUCAGAUCUGCCGACAUGUUCCGCGCCCUAUUAGAACAAGUCAAAACCGCCGGGCGAGUGUGGCUGCGCCGAGGACCACCUGGCAGUGGUCUUUCGGAUUCCGACUCCGAGUCGCUGUCUUCGGAAAGCGACGUCCAUAUCGACGAAGCCCUCGUCGUCGCACGGUGGGAGAGGGUAGGAAACCACGCGAUGAAGCGAAUGCGGCGCGAGCGGGUCAGCGUUCCGUCUCUGGAAGUCAUCGAGGGCUGGGCAACACUCGCCGUGCGGCUUUUGAGGAGAAGCCUGAUUUUGGGCGAAGAUGAGAAUGAAGAAGCGAAAAGUGUGGCACUUGAUGCAAAAGACCGAUCUGUGGUGCUUCAGCACCCAAUUCACUUCAGGGACGCUACGGGUGAGCUGCUUGUGCAAGGUAACUACGCUGAAAUUAGCACGUAAAAGUAAUCUGGAUGCUGGCCGUUUAUUUGGUAUGCGCAAUUCUACUGCAAAUUUUACAACAUCGACAUUUAUUUCAAUUUAUAGACAAAACGUAGUCGUGUUGAUCGGAUCACUUAACAGAAAUUUCAACUUUUGAGGUUGCGGACCGGCAAACGCGUCUCCUGAGGAGUACCGAAACGAAUUCCUCUACCGAGCUAAACACGCUUCGUCGCAGCCAGUGCCACAAGAGUGCUACGACAUGCUGAAGAGCCCGGACCACAGCCCGUUGCCGCACGUGGAUACCGACACGACAGUCCCGAAUAACACGGGCGCUUUGCUUCGAUAUCGGGUGGUUUGCCGAUUCCCGGUGCACGCACGAGGGGGACCCAACCAGCAAGCGCGCGAGCGCAUCAAGGCAGACGCAAAACUGCUAAGUGCGCCAAUCGACGCCCGCAUCUCUUCAAUCGCCGUUAUGCAGGGGGACCGCUUCACCGAUCACAACGUACAGCAGGGGGCCCGGCGAUCGCCGGUAUGGAAGCGAUCUUCAAGGUGCUCAACGAUCCGUGUUACCGAACGAUAGAACACAGACGAGGUCCGUAUUGAAGUUCAGUUUUCAUUUGUUGAGAUUCCCAAAAGACUGUUCGUUUUUCAUGAGAAGUGUUCAGCUUCGAAUUCGUUUCGCGCAUGAGAAAUCAUGUUUCUCGUUCUUCUUUCUCAUCGUGGAAAAAACAAUUCUCGCUUCACAAAAAACAAAAACAGAAUUUGAUUUUUCUUUGCGAUUCAGUGCGGAGUCACACCAGUAUAAAAAUAAAAAAAGAGUAAAAAAAUUGAGGUAUACUUACUUCAAUUUUGUGGAAAAUGUGUGACAUUCUUGAACUCUUACUUUUUGCUAUAUGGAAUUUUUUUGAUCGUGUGCUAUUGCAAAUCUUGUACAAGUUUGUUGGCUGAUAGGCUGUUAUGGUGAAGAGAGACUGUUCAUGGUAUGAACCUGCUCUGACUGGCUUUCGAUCGUGCUAGAAAUCGUUUUUAUGAAUUCAUGAACUUUGUGUACAGGAGUUUGGUCUUGAGUCACAGAGCUUUUACUUUUAUGUGUUUACUUUUCUAUGAUUGCAAUCAUGACUGUUGUGUGAAAGUUUCAAUAUUUUAUUGUACAAUUGGCCGGCAAAGACUUGUGCAUAAUUUCGUUCUUUUACUUUGAACUUAAUUACGAAAAAACUAAAUCUGUGAUGCUAAUUUUGCAAAAUUUUUUUACUCUACAUAUGCUAUCUGAAUUUCGUUUGUUGACAUUGCCCGCUCUAGUAAUGACUCAGACUUACUUUUGGUGAGUUCGUCCGAGUAAUUGAGAUGCGAAGGGCAAUGUAGUAGGUAGUCGACAUGUCGUUCUUGCAGUGCCUCGCGCAAAACUGCCAUUUCUAGCUGCAGGCGUUUCGAGCCGAGGUUGAUAUUGCAUGCACGAGUGUGAUCAAUGAUCGACCCGCAGUCCGUAACUAGGACCAGCGGGAUGUUACGACCAAGGAUCUUACUUAGAAUGUUUUUGAUACUAAACGCGCGGUCGACGACUUGCACAAGCAUGACAGUCUCUGCCUGCAAGGUCGAAGUGCAAACGCGCCUAAUGCGCUUACUACUAGGGUGGAUCAGAUUCGCUUUGAUGGUCUCAGUGCGAAUCUGUGUGUCCCGGUGGAUUUUAGGUAACACCCCGGGCUUGUGCUUUUUCAAAAAGUUUGGCAUAUGGGCGAACCAAAUACAUGACCCACCUUGCGUUUUGCACCCCUCCAGAUUGUUCAGCGAGGCAUCGCAAAAUGCGACGAUGCACAAGUUGGACAAAUCCAGAGGCACAAGGCGCCACACUAGCGAAGAUGUAUUUUUCAAAUUGCGAAUAAUCUUAUUUAGCUAGCGACCUGCACGCUUCCCCCCACGCAGGCUCCGCAGCCGGUGUCCUUGAUGCACGUGGUCGGAUUCAGCUGCGGGUGAGACAAGAACGCCUCGUACUGCAGGAUGGAGAAGAAGGUGGUGGCCAUCAGGGCGUCGUAGGUCAGCCCCGCGGCGUCCGGAGAUGCGCCGCCAUAGAAGGAUGGGACUACUUUGCUGUUGCUGGCAUUACUGGUGGUCGGUUAUGGAAGCGAUCUUCAAGGUGCUCAACGAUCCGCAGUACUUUGUGAAUGGCAUGCGCACGGUGCAGUAUGUGUCCUGGUUCAACUACGACAACACCGGUGGAAGCUUCGACCUGCGGCUGAUCGAGGACACCGGGGGCAACGUGCGGCCGCUCGGAAAGCGGUACGCGGAAUUGUGCGAAGAACACCGCGGUGGGCUACCUGCCGGCCGGUGAGUUUUUUUUUUCUUGGUUUGUUUUCGUUUUUACGCGAAUGCAAGUACGAGUUGUACCGCAAUACGUCGAGCAGGGAGGAAGAUACGAGUAGACGAAGUCAAGUACACUAUUAGCUUUUUUUUCAAACAUGCGUCUCGCGCUUUCACUAUUCGGGUUCGGAACGUAUCUAGUAUCAUUUUAGCGCAAGAAGAGACGCGCCGUUUUAGAGUUUUUGUUUUGAAGAUUUUUGCAGAGUGAGCUCGCGAAGAUGCGAGAGCUACUAUUCAGUUCCGGUUUUUUUAACAAGUAUUUUGCACUUUUGAAAAACAUUAAGCGGAUGUUUAUUUUUUUUUACUUCACAUCACAUUCAGAUUCACAUCACAUUUUUUGAGUACUAAGCGACUUUUUGUUUUUUCAUUCUUUCUUUCAUGUUGUGCCGAGCCUUGCCCGAAGUAAUCUGUAGCAUCGUUGUUCCGCUUGAAUGCCUAUAACAUUCUGAUUUUCCGAUAAGGUGAUGGUAGAGAUAAGAACCAGUACACCUACCGUAUUGACCGUUUCACCUGAUACUCUUUCCAAUCAUCUGAAUUGCCCCUUUCUAUUUUUCCGCUAGAUUUCCUUCUAGAGUUUGAAUUUCGCGCCCCCCCCGCACUUCGAACAAUGCUGUUUCGCUGGCCACAAAAUUUUCGCCCCAACAUCAGCAACAAGAAAACGCCCCCGUAAAACAAGAAAACAAAUAAUUUCAGCAUCCCAUGCUUGUUCACAUCAGUAAAAGCAAGUGGAUUAUGCGGUUCGUGAUUUGAUGUUCGUGGAAAGAAAAGAAACCGAAAGUGAUUUGUUUGGAACGAAGUUCCUCUUCGGACUGCUACUGGAACAAAUGGAUGUCAAAAACGUCACAAAAUGGGCCGUGGGAUGAGGACGAUGAAAUCUUCGCACCAGAAUCAUUAAAGAUCUUCAUCUUGUUGUUUAGGUUAUCCGAAA